CCUUGCUCGUGGUCCAGGUGGAGACUAUGACGGUGCAGCUGCAGGGAGAGAGGACUCUGGCCCAGAAAGCAGAGGCGGCUCGGGAGCACCUGGAGAGGCAGAACAAGGAGCUGAAGAGCCGGCUGGGGGAGAUGGAGGGAGCCGUGAGGGGGAAACACCGACUCGGCCAAGCCGCCCUGGAGGCCAAGAUCGACUCCAUGGAGGAGCAGCUGGAGCAGGAGAGACAGGAACGAGCCAUUGCCAACAAACUGGUGCGAAAGACAGAGAAGAAACUGAAGGAGGUGAUGAUGCAGUCGGAGGACGAGAGGAGACAUGCAGACCAGUACAGAGAACAGGUAAGAAAACAUUCUCCACAACAGAAUAGCUGA